AUGGAAAACAUAUCUUCUGAAGAAAUUACUGUUCAGGUCAAUGAUGAUUCGCCACUCCUCAUUAGUCUUCCUAAAGCUGCAAAUCUUACAGAAAUACGUAACAUACUUUCUGAAAGAUAUGAUAUUAAAAUGGGGCCUAAAACUUAUUUUGUAUGCCCAAAAGAUGGCUCACCCACAAUUCCGUAUCACGAAGAAAAAAAAUAUUCGUUGGAAAAUAUUAUUAACCUGACCAAAAAUUUGAAAAUAAAGGGUGAGCUUGAACCAAAUUGGAAAGAGAUUAUUGAAAAAAAUAAACUUGAAUGUGGUUUAUUUUUCACGGAUGACGGGCCGAGAUCUGCAGAGGAAAAAGCUUUUGAAAUUGUGCAGUAUCCGAAGACUACAUUGUUAAAUCAAAUUGCCAGCUUUCAAGAAAUAGAAUGUAAAACGGAAAAAGAUGAUUUUUGUACAAAAAAUCUAUUCGUUGUAGCAAAUCUAGAUGUAAACUCACAUAUACCAAUUUCUGCGAAGUUUGGGGCUUUUUACCAGAAGAAUUCUAUCAAACAUAGUGCUAAUGUGAAGUUAAAUACGUACCGGAAAUCAAAAAAAAUAAAAGCAAUAUUUUCAAUGUCCGAAUCAGAAGUUAAACCAACUAAAGAAUUUAUUUCGGCAGUUAAUAAAGCACUCGAGUCAGAUUACCCUCGUGAAUUCCUCAAAAAAGUCACAGAGAAGUUUGGACAAUUUUGGUGCAAAAAACUUGAAAUUGGCGGAAGCAUUUUAUAUGUUAAAAAAGAGGAAUCAAAUGUAAAAGAAAAUAUACGACGCGAAGAAAAAAGUAUAGAUGGUGCCAUUAAAUUUGGGAAAUAUGAAGGAACGAAUCAGAUGAAUGCAGCAACUAAUAAAUAUUCUUAUUUUCAAAUUCGUGGUGGAUUGGAAAAAGAUUAUCAUAAAGGAAUGGCAGGGUGGUUUACUUCUUUAGAAGAUUAUAAAACAUGGGAGGUAGCCGCUUAUUCUGACAUUCAUUCAAUAUUUGAUAUCCUUGAUGACGAAAGAAGAAAAAAAGUAGCAGAAGUUUUUGGAAAACGAAUUAUUGAUUCUCGAGUUGUGAAACUGGUUUUCUUAAUGGAUAUUUCUAGACCAGAUCCAUAUAUAUAUGAACUUCCGAUCAAAUAUGAUUUAUCGAAUUGUCAAAUCUUUGUUACAGAAAUGAAAGAUGAUAACAACUCAGAUACAAUAUUUGCUUCUCGAGUUCAUUAUAUCAACGAUAAAGAUCCGCCUGUAAUUCUAUUACAUCGAUUUGGAUCAUUGAAUAAAAGACCAAAAAUCCAAAAAUUUUCAAUAAAGUUAGGUUGGAUCGUACUUGGAACGUCCACUAUGUUGAAUUUACCCAACGAACCUAUUUUUGAAAGUGGAGAAUCACCAAUCACAGUGAAAGACAACAAACAUUGCUCAGCGACCAUUUCAUUGCAUGAACUGGGUCCGAACGAAAGUCUAUUAGCUACUUGUGUUUCAAGAUCCAGAAAUUUUCUAGAUGAUUGUAGGGAAUCCAAGUAUAUUACGAGAUCACAUUUUGUUUAUAACAAUAGUUCUAUUAAGGCUUGUGCGUUUUUCUAUGAUCUAAUAAGUGGAAAGCAAUUUUAUCAGUUGGAUGAUUUGAACACACACUUUUCGAUUAAUUACAGUAUAAUAAUCGGACAACAAAAUGAUGAAUUCGGUCAAGCACAAAUAAACGUAACUUCCGAUUCCGUUAUCAAAAACCCAUUUAAUCAAACAAGAUAUAAAAUCUGUUUUGAAAACUAUAAUCACUUAACGUCACAACAUGAAAACGAUCAAUUUGCUGCUACUUCGUCAACACACUCAACGCAAUCAUGUUUGCAGAAUCCUAUUUUUGUUAACUUAAUUAUGGAUAAAUGCUCAGAAAGAAGAAAAUGUCCUCAUGGUGUCUUGAAUCCUAUACCAGAGCACGUGCAAUUCAAGUCUAUACACCGUGUGGAUGUGAACAACGAAAAAAUAGCAUAUUUCCGCCAAUUUAACUUAGCAUUGUAUAAUUUAAAUUUUGCUAAGAAUGAAAUUGAGGCUUUAAUAUGGCUCCAAAAAUCUGCAGAAAAUAGGAACACUCGAGCGCAAUUUAUUUUGAAUAAAUGUUACAAGUUAUUAAAUAAACCUUCCCUUCAUAAUAUUAAAAUACGAUCUAAUUGUUUCAUUACUUUGAAAGAGAUAAAUAUUCAACAUGAACGAAUUAACCUAUCACAAGGAAUAAAUAUUCGGAAGCAUCAAGUUGAGCAAGCUUUUCAGCCAGCAAUAGAUUUUGAUUUUAUAGCAUCUGAACAAUUAGCAAUCGAAAUUGAUAUUCAGACGCUAAAGCCAACUAGAAAAUUAAGUUUAGCAAUUGACGAAGCACUAAAAUCAAAUGCGCCGAUUGAAAGUUUGAAACUUGUGCUUGAGGAUUUCGGGCAUUUUUUUCCUAUCAAAAUCAUACUUGGUAAUAAACUGCAAAGAAUAACUCAAUUAAAUUUGGAUGAAAAUGCCAACAACAUGUAUUUAGCGAACGAAUUUGAUGAAUUCUCAAAUUUUAAUAUAGAUAAAUCACUUGAAAAAUGGAAAGAAAAUAUACAACAAUUUGAUUCCUCCUAUAUGAUCGAAAUGGAUGGUGAUCCGAUUGAUAUAAGCCAAAUUCAUGAAUGGUUUGAAAAGAUUUCAAACCAAUACUCCGAGUGGCAUAUUGUUAAGCGUGUUGUCAAACCAUUAUACGAAAUUCUUGAUAUAAAUCAACAACGGGAUAUUAAAAGUCUUUUUAAAAAAGAAGAGCGCAUAUUAAUGAAUAACAAAACACUAAUUUCCGAUUGUAGCACUGGAUAUCAACGAAUUGAUUUUGAUAAUCAACUGAAGUUGAAGAGUAACAAUUAUCAAUUAUUCGGAAUUAUUGUAUCUUGCGACGGUGAAAAAUUGGAAAAUGUCUAUAUGAGAUUUAGUUUGAAAACAGUUUAUGGAUUUUCAGUGAGUUGGCAUGAUUUUCGAGCGAAUGAUAAGAUGACUCCUGACAGUUUGCAAACACCACAUAUGCUUCAUUGGAUUUUAAUCGGUCGUCCAAGUGAAAUCGGAUAUUUUGAUCCAAUGACUCGUAAUAUAUCGGUUAAAAUUGGUGUCACCGCAUUAAAGUAUACAUGUAAUACGAUUAUUCAACCCGUUCAUCUUGAAGUUGGGAAAUCCCUAUUUCGAAAAAAUAUUGUGAUAUUUGAUGUUGAAUAUACCCCGUUACCAAAACAUCUGUUUUUCAAUACAAAAAUUGAAAAAUGGAAUGAAGAUGGAUCGAUUCAAAUAAAAAUUCAAGAGGAGAGUACAUGUAGUAAACUUUUGGAUGAAGAUCACAUAUUCAUUAAAGUUCGUUGGUGUGUUUUGUUUUUGGAAAAUGAUAUCGACAAGGAACGAUUGUGGAAUCAUUUAGGCGAGUCUUUGUAA